UUCUGUGCUCUACACAGUAUGGCCGGCGAUAUUAGCUAGCACUCGCUCACGGUAUUCUCUGUAAAAGGGAAGACGGUAAAACCAAGAAUUUACACCUGGACUGCUAAAGGACUGUACUUAUAAAUUAUACCAAUCAAGCAAGGACUAAUUAAGUUGAGAACGUUACCAACGUUUAAUUUCUGUUGUUGGUGUCUGUUGUCUCACGAUGGAAGAGAACGGUGCACACUUCUUUGAGGGAACCGAGAAGCUGUUGGAGGUGUGGUUCUCCAGACAAGAUGAGACCAAAGGAACCGGGGACCUCCGCACCAUCCCGAGGUUUGAGUGGGACAAACUUCUGGAGAAUGUGCACUGUUUGAUCAUAAGUGUGACAAAAACUGACAAGCAGGAAGCUUAUAUACUCAGUGAGAGUAGCAUGUUUGUCUCCAAGAGACGCUUCAUUUUGAAGACAUGUGGAACCACCCUCUUACUACAAGCACUGGUACCUCUGCUGGAACUUGCCAGGGAAUACUGCGGCUUCGACGCCAUCGAGAAUUUCUUCUAUUCUCGCAAGAACUUCAUGAAGCCUACACAUCAGGAGUUCCCUCAUCGAAACUUCCAGGAGGAAGUGGAAUUUCUCAACCAGAUUUUCCCAAAUGGAGCAGCCUACUGCAUGGGACGUUUGAAUUCUGAUUGCUGGUAUCUGUUUACUUUGGAUUUGCCAGAGUUCUGGGAGAACAAGCAUGCGGAUCAGACGCUGGAAGUUCUGAUGAGUGACCUUGAUCCAGCGGUUAUGGACCAGUUCUACAUGAAAGACGGUGUUUCUGCAAAUGAUGUCACUCGUGUAAGGCCCACUACUAACUCUACUAUCUCUUGCUCCUUUCUUCGUGAUGAGAAAGGGGACACUUCUAUGGGCAGCAUGAGUGGAAUUCGUGACCUGAUACCAGGUUCUGUGAUAGAUGCUACCAUGUUCAACCCUUGUGGAUACUCAAUGAAUGGAAUGAAGACUGACGGAACUUACUGGACGAUCCACAUCACUCCAGAGCCAGAGUUCUCCUACGUCAGCUUCGAAACCAACCUCUCCCAGACGUCCUACGAUGAUUUGGUCCGCAAAGUUGUAGACGUCUUUAAGCCUGGAAAAUUUGUGACUACGCUUUUCGUGAACCAGAGCUCCAAAUGUCGCAGUGUUUUUACUUCCGCCCAGAAACUCGAGGGAUACAAGCGCCUUGAUCGCCAGUUGGCCCAAUUCAACGAUUACAAUUUUGUCUUUACCAGUUACGCCAAGAACCGCCAGCAGAACCAGCAGAGUUGAGAGUUGAAAAUGAAAAAAAAGCGUAAGAAGAAAGGCGGUCGUGCCGGGCUCCUCCCCCACGGCCGGAGUUCUUCCCCAGCGGAGAGAACCCCUUCCCCCCUCCGCUGCUCUGGAUCUCUCGGUUCUGAAAAGGCCUCCGGCCCUAGUUUAACCUCCCGUUUGAAAUGUAUGCAUUGUUGUACCUAUGACUUAGAUCUCUUGCAUGAAAGCUCUUUUCUCUGUUUAGAUAUUCUAGCUCACUCUUGCUGUGAUCUUGAAGUGCAUGUAGAGGAAUUAAACACGCUCUGUUUGAGGCUGUCCACCCAUGCCCCCCGUGCACAGUACAGCAGCCCCUUCCUGCAGGUCUCUCCUCUCAUCCCCAACAGACAAGGCUUCAGAGCCCACUAGGCCAGGGCCCUGACAUGCUCAGAUCAGUUCGUACCUUCGCUGGGUUUACCGUAGCCUUUCCCUUACAGCGCACUUUAAGAACUAAUAUUUUUUCUGCUGUGCCAAGCAAACUUCUGUCUCAUGUCUGAACGAAUUUGUGUUCAAUUAAUGUUAUAAAGCAGAUUAGCUUUUGGCCAUAACAUUAUUCGUAAUGUCAACAAACCAUUUAACUGACUCGUUGUUUUAAAAAAAGAGAAAAAAAUGCCAUACUUCUGUUGAGUGUUGCACUACCAGACAAAUGGUUUGAGGUUAACUGGUCAAUGUGAUUUGGUUUCUUACGGCUGUAAACUGCACUGGAGCCUAAGGAAUUCCUGUUUUUCGUGAGUCUUUGGUGCAGUGCUGUAAAUGGUUCAGAACCCACCCAGCUUAACUAGCCAUGCCUCCACCUUCAUUUAUCUUUUUAAUGUUCUCACAAAAAGACAGGAUUUGAGUCUCAGCUAACCAGACAUACAUAAAUCAUUUAAGGCUUGUGGUUGCUGCUGAUUCAUAUGGAAUGUGUAAUGUGCACAUUAUUGUUUAUACCCAGGCUGCUCUUACAGCAUGCUGUAUGAACAAGAAUCAUUGGGUGUAGGAAUUGCCAGCCAUUGUCACACUGAACUUACACAUUCAUAUGAAUUGGGUUGAAUCCAAACUGAAUGUCUCUGGGUGCCCCAGUGGCUCACCGGGCUGGUUGAGGCCUCACCGUGGCAGCCUGAGUUCGAAUCCUGCCCAGGCCUUUUACCGCAUGUCAUCCCCCCUCCCUGAAUUUCCUGCGCUCUAUCCAAGCACACCAUCUGUCAGAAAUUAAUAAUAAAGGCAGAGUUCCAACCAAAAAUAUCUUACAAAAAAAACCUGUCCCUCCCAACACAGAAUGUAGAGGUCUCUAGAGAACUCGUCCAGGGCUUUAUCUGAAUGUAUGAGCGUGGAGGAGACCCAGUCCGCAUGUUUCUGUGGUGUGGGUCAGGACAAAGCCCUCUGCCGUCCAGCAUGGUAGCCAUUGUCCCUGGGCCCAGCCGGUCUCCCUGCACAAAGUGAGACUGUCAGCUGGCCCCAGAACCAUGCUUGACAGACCGGCUCCCCUGGCUGCACCAUGUGGCCCUGAAAGGGAAAUAAUGAAUCAGACACUUUGCUUAGUGUUGCCCAGCAAAGCAUUUUUCUUUUUCCAAACAAUAUACAUCCUCUCUCUCUUUCCCCCCCUAUACAGAAAUCGGUAUUCACACAAUGGAGGCCCUCUGAUCUGAGCAUGCCAGGGUGAUCCCGGAUCAUUCCACACAUAACUGUUGCAUAAACUGCCAUUUUAUUAAUUUUAUUGUGCACAGACGUUUUGCAGUGAAUUGGUCCAAAAUGUGACUCCAUUGCAGUUUUUUGGAGUACCAUCAAUGCCCUUUGUUCAGCGAGGGAAAGACCCUGUGACACUGUUGCAUGUGACUACUAGUGCUAUGUUGCUUGACACUGUUGUGUGCUGCAAUCUGUUCCUCCUGUGUAAGUAGGUCAAUGUGCUUCAUCAUCCUUUUUGUUUUUUCAGCUAAAAUGUAGAUGGAACUAAGGCAUCCUGAUUGUUUUAUUGAACAUUCUUUUCGUUUGGGGAUGGGAUUCACUUGUGUUGACUUCUCGCAGUGCUGAAGGCAGGUCGUAUUCUACUGCUCUGACAGUUUUACCUUUGGCUCAUCGAAAACGCUUUUGAUAUAGAUAUAUUGAAGAUUAGUUUUCUCCUUUGGCUGUUGCUAAGUAACUUUCAUGAUGCUUCCCCUGCCAGAGAAUGCAGAUUGAUUUUUCAUUUGCAGACAGAGCUGGAGUUGAAAUGAAAUAUUGUUAAAAAAAUUUACUGUAGAAAAAAAAUUAUAACACAAACGAUUAUGCUCUGCCUUCAGCACUACUGAGGUUGUCUACGGGGGGGUGCCCCUUGCCCCCCCCCCACACACACACACAAACACUUUAAGAGUGGAACAUCAAGCUGUUAAAAAGAGCACCUGUAACAUUGAGAAAUGCUGAUCACAUUACGGCAGAAUAAUUAUGAUUGGGCUGUCAAAAAAAAUUCUGACUAGUGGACUACAGAACUUGUAUGUACCCUAAACACAUUUCCUGUUAGGAUUCUAGGCAGAGUUGACAAUUGGAAUUGAUUCCCUCCAGUAUGUCUGGUGUGGCUUUUGGAGUGGUUUAGUAUUUUUUCCCCGAGGACCAACUUUUGUUCAGUGUCCUUACCUGAAAGGCAGUAAGUCAUUUAAAAUGCCUCCAUUUAUGUGGUCAGUUGUCAGUGUGCCAGGGGCUUUUAGUGACAGAUUUGAAGAUUUUCACCAGCACUUCACAAGUUAAAUUUGGGUACUUGGGACAAAGUCAUAUUUAGAAUUUAUGACCUGGGUAGUGUGUAGUCAUGUUGUUGGUUUGGAACAUUGCUUUUUAUAUAUAUUAUACACUUAAAUGCAUUUUUUGCAGUUUAAUGGCAAUUCGAUUUUUACAAAACAUUUUUGUAAGGAAUGCAUUUGUGCUGCGGACCAAUCCUAAUUUUUGUUUAUUGUCCAUAUUUGUUGUUAAACCAGUGUUCCAAACGUUUUUUUGUUUCUGAAAUUGAGGGUGACCUUUUUGAGAGCUAAUUGGAUCGUGGUGUUUUCGUCUUUCCCCGCUCUAAAAACCUUUUGGAAGGUUUGGUCGAAUGGGGAAGUCAAAAACCUCCCCAUAAUGUGAGCGCGGAUAACAUUGCAGGAUGUAUCAGGAUGUACCGAAGAAAAACUUUGCUGUUCUAAUUCUUUUGCUAUUCUUCUUUUGAUGGUCAAGAUGUGCUAAAUAUAUCUGUACUAUGAGCUAGAUGCUUAAAUAAAUCAAUAAAAGAUU